CAAGGGCGGAGGCUGGAAGAGAAAGAGCCGGAGCUCUGCUACUCCAGGCUGCGGCCAGGGCCGAGAUCGCCCAAACCGAGGGAGGCAUGCGGGGCGCGGGGCCGGGGGAGAGGGCCCGGGAAGCCCGGGAGGCUGUGGCUGAGUGCCGGGCGGCGUACGAAGCGCUCAACAGGUUCACUGCCAGCUACAGGCAGUUGGUGCUUGGAGUGGGCAGCUCGGCCGACGGGAGGAGGCUGCGCCGGGCUCUGGAGGAGAGCGGCCGCCGGGGCUUCGAGUUGAGUCUGGGCCUUCGGAACCAGCUUUUGGCUGAACUCACAGAACCAGGGGGCAGACAGGAGGAAGAGGUGAAGAUGGAGCUGGAGCGGAUCUGGGUGCUCUGUUUAUCUGCCCUGGAAAUUUUCCUGCAGGAUCUGGGUCGGGCCCAUGACCUCAGCAGGAUUUUUCCCCUGCCAUCUCCAACCUCAGGGACCCAGUUGGUCAAUACUGGGGUUAUAUCCUUUGGGCCCAAGGGCUGGAGUCUGAGACGGCCCAGUGGGAAGACCUCUGAAAGAGCUGGGGAGCUACCUGAAGAACUGGCCCAAUGGGGACAACGCCUGGAAGAGAUGCUUUUGGAGAUGGAGACCAAGGUCAAUGUACCUGUGUGGAGUGUGGAGGCCACAGUGGGAGAUCCUGAAGCAUUAGAGCACAGCCCUGAGAGCUCAGCUGGGAGGAGUCCUCGGGGAUGCUGUGCCCGGGGUCCCGACAGGCUUCAAUCUCACUGUAUAGUAGCAUGAAGCUGAAUGUAGGCCUACUACAGGGACAUCUCUCCCCUUUCCCCUUGAGAGGUCAGCAGAUGUCAGUCUUCUACACCAGGGAACCACUUCAAUGUAACCUAAGUCAUGUUCUUUCCCAGUUCAAAUUCCAGGAAGGCAAAGCAGGGGACAUUAUAAGAGAGAACUAAGUCUCAAAAUAAGGCUCAAGUGCAACUACAAAUAUAAAACAGCUGGAAGGUAGGAUAAUAAUGAAGAAACAAAACUACAUUGAAAAAGGCCCAAUUUCUGGGCCUACUGAUUUAGCUAUGUCUAGCUCUCCAUUUUCCCAUCUGUGACAGAAGAGUGGUUUGGAUCCAGUUCCAGGAUUGCUUCUAAUUCAAAACAUUCCAUGGCCUAUGUUCUAAUGUCCUAUCUAGCUCUAACAUUGUACAAUGCUUGCUAGAGAGACUAGCUCAGACCCCAGGGAAUUGUUUCCGCUAGAAUGAGGCUCAGCUUACAGCUCAUCAGUUCCCCAUCCUUCCUCCAGAGAGCCAAACAACACAGCAACAGCUUUAAAAAAAAAAAAAAAAACCAACAACAA